CCUGUGCGUGACGCACAACAACCUGUCAUCACUUCCGGGUUCUGUCGUCAGGCCAGGUCAGCCUGUGGAUCCCAGAACUUCACAACAACUCCCAGUCUGUCCUCACUAUAAUCACGGAUUUCGCAUUUUCAUUUAACCGUCAUCUCGCGGAGGUUCCGCUAACAGUCUUUUCCCCCUAAAUGGCCUGCUCUGAUGCCGAAUGCGACCUGGAGACGGUUCCUCUCAUCGCGCUGAACGUGACGGUGAGGAAGAAGCUGGCACUCUACCUGAACCCCAGGAACACCGUGGCCGCGGACUGGAUGGCUGUGGCCGAGGAGAUGGGCUUCACGUACCUGGAGAUCGUGAACUACAAAACGACCAAAAACCCCACCGACGCGAUUCUGGACAAUUGGCAGGCUCGCAACAAAGACGCGACCGUGGGGAAGUUGCUGUCAAUCCUGAUGAAGCUGGAAAGAAACGACGUUUUGGAGGAUCUUCGCCCUCAGAUUGAUGAGAAUGUCAGGAGAUACCGCGAGAAGGCAGCUGAACCCCCAGUGCAGGUUCCAGUGGUGGACAGCUGUGUCCAACCCACUUCUGAGAAGAGUGGUAUCACCCUGAGGGACAACCCCGAGGGUGCUCCCGAGCUGUUUGACGCCUUCAUCUGCUACUGCCAGAGUGACUUUAAUUUCGUCUAUGAAAUGAUCCACCAGCUCGAACAAACAGAACACAGACUGAAACUGUGCGUGUUCGACAGAGAUGUCCUCCCUGGCUCCUGUGUGUGGACCAUCACGAGUGAACUCAUUGAGAAGAGGUGUAGGAAGAUGGUUGUGGUGAUUUCUGAUGAAUAUCUUGACAGUGAUGCCUGUGACUUUCAGACUAAGUUUGCUCUCAGCCUCAAUCCUGGAGCCCAACAGAGACGACUUAUCCCAGUGGUUUAUAAGUCAAUGAAAAGGACAUUCCCCAGCAUCCUGCGCUACCUCACGUUGUGUGACUACACCAGGCCUUGCACACAGACCUGGUUCUGGGUGCGGCUGGCCAAAGCACUUUCCCUCCCAUAAUUGUGGACCAAACAGCGAAAAUGGGUUUUUUAUUCCACUUAAGAGAUGAUGUCAUCAAACAUUUCAAGUUCAAGAAUGUGCCUGUGAUUUCUCUUGUCCUGCUGGCAUUUUAACCCUAUUUUAAAUACUGUAUAUUUCUGUAUAUGACACCAAGAUGGAGCCAAAAUAUCAGCAAAGUUCUCUAAAAACACAAAGCCAUUAUUGUGUUAAAACAGAUUGUGCCACUAUUUUGGAUUAAUGCGAAUUGUAGAAGAGAAGAGAAUUUACCACUUGUACUGUAUAUUUCACUGACAACAUUCAUGCUUCCUUUGAAGAUGACACCAAGAUUGCAGGAGGAGCCAAAAUAUCAGCAAAGUUCUCUGAAAACACAAAGCCAUUAUUGUGUUAAUACAGAUUGUGCCACUAUUUUGGAUUAAUGUGAGUUGUAGAAGAGAAGAGAAUUUGUUUGGACCAAACACGCUGUAAAUGCUCUCCCUCUUUCUCUCCCCCUCCUUUUGUCCGGGCUACUUCCUCCCUUAAGUCAACUUUCAGACAAGAUUGAAGCACAAAGAGGAAGCCAUACUGUGAUUGUGAUACGUCCACGUGUUAAGUGUUACUGACUCCUGCUGCCUUUCUUCCUUACUUUCUCUUUUACCAUGAUGCCUUCACCUUUGACUUGUAUUUUUUAGAACAGUGUUUCGAACAGUCUCAGAAAAGGAAAAUAUAAUGUAUGUAAUUCGUAUGAAUAUUUUUUCACAAUAAAUAUAAUGCAUUUUGCAACAA